UUUAAAUGGAAUUUAAUUACGAUCAAAUCAAAGAGAAACUAAAAGGUUACGAUAUAUAGACAAAGAUUUAAUUAAUAGCAUUGGCCUAGUGUUUAUAUGAUAGGAAGAAGUUGGAUCAUGAAUAGGAUGAGGAAUUAGACAAGAUGGAAGCAGAUUAUAAGAAAAGAGUAGAACCUUUAAUUGAAGCCUCAAAUUAAAUAAUUUCAGGAUAAAGAUUAGUAAAGGAAGAGGAGAUAGAAGAUUUAAAGGAAUAUUUAAAUGGUUAAGAAUAAGCAAUAUUGGAUAAUUAAGAUCCAAUAGAGAAUUAUUGGUCAAAGGUUUUAUUGAAUUCAAAGACAUUAAAAAAUGAAGUGAUUGGGGACAAGGAUGAAGCAUUAUUGAAAGCAAUAAAAAAUAUAAGAGGAUAUGAGGACAAAGAAUAACAUAAGUUAGGAUUGGUAUUUUAAUUUAAAGCAAAUGAUUAUUUUGGAGAGGAAGAAUUGAAAGUAGAAUUUUUAUUAGAUGAAAAAUAAGGAGAACCAUUGAAAGUAGAGAGUACAAAAAUAAAUUGGAAAGAAGGUAAGAAUAUAACAGUAAAGAUUGUAAAGAAGAAGAAUAAAUAGAAGAAGAAGGUAAAGGAAGUAGAGUAGAAGACAUUAUUUUAAUUAUUUAAAAAUUUAGAUGUAAAAGAUUGGGAGAAAUUGGAAGAGGAGAAAAAGGAAGAAUAAUAAUAAAAGAUGGAUAUGUGUUAUGAUAUUUGUAGAUUGAUUUAUGAUGAAAUAUUACCAUAUUCUUUGGAAUAUUAUUUAGAUGUACAUGUAGAAGAUGAAGAUUAUGAAGGUGAUGAUAUAGAUGAUGAUGAAUCAGAUGAUGAGGAAGAAUUAACAAAAGAAGAAGCAAUAAAAAGAAUGAAAGAGAAAAGAGGAUUUAAAAAGUGAUUUGUAU